UGUAUGAUUGUUAUUGAUGAACAGUGUAAAUCACAUGGUAUAAUUGUAAACAAAUGCAGAGUAGAUUUUUAAGAUAUACUCCGUAUUUUUAAACUCAAUUCAUGUAAGAACAAAUUUUGUUUAUAUAAGUUUAAAAUUUAUUUCUUUACGCUCAAAUUUUAUUCAUUUUAUUCACUUUUUUGUUUUAUUUUUAUUUUUAUUGCCGGUUCAAUAACGAAAAUGCCAUGUAUUAUUAUUUGCACUAUUUACAAAUCUCAGUUAUUGAUAAAUACAUUUCCUUGCAAAAGUGACAAUGUUGGUAAAACUUCUUCGCCAAUACUGGUAAUUUUAAUUAAAAAACAUAAAAAUCUUCUCUAAUAAGCACAAUACUGUUUUAGUAGUUUUGUACUUCAGAGUGGCAGAGUGCUUCUUAUCUAAUACAGUAAGAAAUAACAUUAAGGCAUUAACAUUGUUGCAAUAAGUUUUACCUUCUGUUUUGGUGAACAAUUGAUACUAUUACGUUGGAGUUAUUAAUUUCAGUGUGUUGAGUUAUUUAUCAGACCAGAUUAGAUCAGAUUAGAAUGUUAUCAAUCUCCGAAAGAAUCAAAACUAAUACUCCGUGGUGCUAGUACAAAAGAUUUGGAAAUUAAGUAGCAAGUAGUACAAAAGAAAUGGUUGUUUUGGACUUUUCGGCCUGUACUGAAUGUAACUUUAGUACUGUUGGUUGAGCUUCAGCUCUAGUAUUUUCCCAGAAUUUCUAAAAUAUUCUUCAUAAAUCAUAUAUACUCCAUAAUUGUCAUCCACACAAUCAUACUACUAUUUCACGAGAAGACAAUCAGCAACAUCAUCCUUUUUUCAUGCCACGUGUCACCCAUCUGGUGGACAACCAAUGAUCUUGCCGCCAUGUCAGCACCCUCCACCCCAGCCAAAAGAUUUUGCAUUCUGUGAAGCCAAUUCUUUUGGCUUGCAACAAAGAUAGCUUAGCUUCUUAACUUUUAUCUUUCAUGGUGAAUUCGUUUAUUCCUCAAAAAAUAAAAAUAUAUUAUAAAUAAAAUUGUGAGCCUCCAAAAAUUUCUGCAAUGGAGGCCCUCAAUGCAGUAAGAUUGAAGCCAAUAUGCGGUGUUCCUGAUCAAAGAGGAAUACCCAGAAAAAUUCCACAAAUCCCAACACUUCCAUCUCUUAAAUUCCCACAAAUUACAAUCAACCCACCAAAAUUUACAGAGGAUUUUGCAAGAAAAUUUCAUGGAAGUUUACUGCUUUUGGCUUCUUCUGCUUUCAGUGCUAACUUUGCUGGUGCUCUGACAUAUGAAGAAGCAUUAGAGCAAUCAGUAAAUGCAGAUGUUGGGGCUGAAUUUGAUGCAGGAAGUGUUGUUGAAACAAUUGUCCAAAACCCACUAAUUAUAGCUGGUGGAGUUGCUGUAAUUGCAGUUCCCUUGGUUUUAUCCCAAGUUUUUGGGAGCAAGCCUAAGCCUUUUGGUGUUCAAUCUGCUAAAAUUGCAUAUGCUAAGAUUGGUGAAGAACCUAAUGCUCAGCUUCUUGAUAUAAGAUCUUUGAAGGAGUCGAGGGAAGUUGGUAGUCCUGAUAUUCGAGGAUUGAAGAAGAAGGCGGUAUCCAUUGUGUAUAGAGGUGAAGAUAAGCCUGGAUUCUUGCAAAAGUUGUCUUUGAAGUUCAAGGAUCCUGAAAACACUACUUUGUAUAUCCUAGACAAAUUCGAUGGGAACUCUGAGUUAGUAGCGGAGUUGGUGACUGCAAAUGGUUUCAAAUCUGCUUAUGCUAUCAAAGAUGGAGCAGAGGGACCUCGGGGAUGGAUGAAUAGCAAACUCCCUUGGAUUCUACCAAAGAAAACAUUCAGCCUUGAUUUUAGUGCUUUGACAGAAGCAUUUGGUGAGAGUGCCGAUGGAUUACCAGUACUAGGGAUUGGUGCAGCUGCAGCUGCUGGAUUUGGUUUGUUGGCUUUUACAGAGAUGGAAACCCUUCUCCAACUGCUAGGCUCUGCAGCAAUUGUUCAGCUACUUAGCAAGAAGCUUUUAUUCGCAGAGGAUAGAAAGCAAACAUUGGGUCAACUUGAUGAAUUCUUGAACACCAAGGUUGCUCCAAAUGAGCUCGUUUCAGAUAUAAAGAAAAUAGGAACUGCCCUUCUACCAAUAACUGUGAAUGACAAGGCACUUCCAGCACCUGAAGAGGCAGCCCCUGUUGCUGUUGCUGAAAACAGUUUCCAGAAAACUGAAUCUGUACCUGCACAACCUGCCCCCGAACCACAAACAGAAGCAGAAGCACCUGCACAACCUGCCCCCGAACCACUAGCAGAAGCAGAAGCAGAAGCACCUGCACCCGAACCACUAGCAGAAGCAGAAGCACCUGCACCCGAACCACUAGCAGAAGCAGAAGCACCUGCACAACCUGCACCCGAACCACUAGCAGAAGCACCUGCACCAGAAAUCAGCUCCACACCCCAGAAAGAAGUUAAUACAGCAUCACAUCAAAGGCCGCUUUCACCAUACGCUGCAUAUCCAGAUCUCAAGCCUCCAACUUCCCCUUGUCCCUCACAACCUUGAGAUUUACGUUGGAGCUAUUCGAGGAUCAUUUUGUUAAUUUGUGUCAUCUACAUGAAACUACAUGAGUAAAUUGAGCUUACUAUGGGGCAUGCAUGCAAGCUAGAGAAACUUGGCUAUCUCCCUUUUAUAGGUCAGAAAAUCUGUACUAGUCGUUUGCAAGUUACCCUGCAAAUUGAGUCUUUUUGUUUCCUCUUCACAGAAUUGGUAGCUCAAUAAACUAAGUAUAUAAUUAGGCUUUUGAAGCCAUCAAUGCGGCCAACAAAGACAUUGCUUUCAACAAAA